AUGGCUCUCAUGAAGUCUGGCUGGCUGUGGAGAAAAACCUCCAUGCUGAAGCGCUGGAAACUGAACUGGUGUGACCUGUGGAUCGAUGGCAGUCUCGUCUUCUACAAGUCAGACAGCCGGAGAGACUACGAGACUCGCGUGGGUCUGAAGAACUCCUGCAUCAACGUCAAGACUGGCCUGGAGUGUGCCGGUGUGCUCCCACCGGACAGCCACCCCAGAGAAAACCUGCUGGUGCUGACCAUGAAGGACGGCUCGGACGUCAUCCUGUGUGCCAACAGCGAAGACGAGGCGCUGGCAUGGAGUCUUACUAUCAUGGACGCCAAGAGUAGCACGGUGCUCGCGUAUAAUCCCCAACAAGAAACUUACCAGCGGGUUAGAGUGGACGGCUGCAACAACGUCUACGUUGAACCUGGUGCUGGAGGGGCCCAGCAUGUGUAUAUCCACCAUGAGCCGUACGAUGAUGGCCUAGGCGAGUCGGUGGCACUGGGGUUGCUGGCUGGCUUGGCUGCUGGCGCUGCCAUGCGGUCGCUCAUGUGGAUGCCCUUCUGGCUCUGCUAG